AUGACGCAGGAGAAUCCAGCUUUCACCACGUCGGUUUCUGAGAGCUCUGCCCAGCCUGUCAGCCUCCUGAGUAAACACGAGAGGAGUGUUUCGUGGGAAUCACCCUCCGAUGGGUCCUCUACGGAGCCUGCUGCGCCCACCGCAGCACCCACCUCUUCUGCCACACUCUCUGCGCCUCACCCUAGGAUGAUAAAAAAGGCAGUUGGGAUCCUCGGCACUGCCACCCGCUACUUCUCCUCUGGUCUCUGCUCUGCAGCCAAUGACACAACAAGCGAGACAACAAGUCAGCUGCCUAAGCUUUUGGGCAUCUUUAUGGACCAGUUGUUCAAAAAGUUUAAUCUGGAUCAAAAUGAUCCGGAUUUGGAAAUCACAUUUUUUCCUAUUCAGGAUCAGAUAAGUCACACAGCCUCUUGUGAGUGUCUCAGUAAUAGGGAAGAUUACCCCUCUUUCUUUAGAACUAUUGCCAGUGAUUAUCACCAAGGCAGAGCACUUGCAUUCUUGGUCAAGCACUUAGACUGGACUUGGGUUGGAGCUGUGAACAGUGACAAUGACUAUGGAAACUAUGGAAUGGCCAUUUUCCUGAAUUCAGCCAAAAAAGAUGGGAUUUGUGUGGUUGAGGCUCUGAAAAAGGUAAAUUUUACUGUAAAGUUUGGAGAUCGUGUGUGGUUUGACAGCACUGGUGCUGCAGUAGCCCAGUAUGAAGUUGUGAACUGGCAGCAGGACUCAAAUGGAUCAUUUCAGUAUAAAUCAGUGGGUUACUAUGAUGCCUCACUGCCCCCUGACCAGCGCUUUGUACUUAACACUGAAAACAUAAUCUGGGCUGGGGGACAACUGGAGAAGCCAAAGUCUGUGUGCAGUGAGAGUUGUCCUCCAGGCACUAGGAAGGCUGCACAGAAAGGAAGACCUGUCUGCUGUUAUGACUGUAUUACAUGUGCAGAUGGAGAAAUCAGUAAUGAGACAGAUUCAAAUAACUGCCAGCAGUGUCCAGGGGAAUACUGGUCUAAUACUGAGAACACUGAAUGUGUGUUAAAGGCUGUAGAGUUUCUCUCAUUCACAGAAGUUAUGGGUAUAGUGUUAGUCUUUUUCUCUCUGUUUGGAGUAGGAAUAACUUUACUGAUGGCCAUCCUGUUGUACAGUAAGAAGGACACUCCCAUAGUAAAAGCCAACAACUCUGAGUUGAGCUUCCUGUUGCUCUUCUCAUUGACUUUGUGUUUUCUCUGUUCACUUACUUUUAUUGGUCUCCCCACUGAGUGGUCCUGUAUGUUGCGUCACACAGCGUUUGGGAUCACUUUUGUUCUCUGUAUCUCCUGUGUUCUGGGGAAAACAAUAGUGGUGUUAAUGGCAUUCAGGGCCACACUUCCAGGAAGUAAUGUUAUGAAAUGGUUUGGGCCUGCACAACAGAGACUCAGUGUUUUUGCCUUUACACUUAUACAAGUUCUUAUUUGUGUGCUUUGGCUAACAAUAUCUCCUCCUUUCCCCUAUAAAAAUAUGAAAUAUUUCAAGGAGAAAAUCAUCCUUGAAUGCAGUUUGGGUUCUACUGUUGGUUUCUGGGCUGUUUUGGGUUAUAUUGGCCUACUGGCUGUCUUGUGCUUCAUUUUGGCUUUUCUGGCGCGUACGCUGCCUGAUAACUUCAAUGAAGCUAAAUUCAUCACAUUCAGUAUGCUCAUAUUCUGUGCUGUAUGGAUCACAUUUAUCCCAGCUUAUGUCAGCUCUCCUGGAAAAUUUACUGUAGCUGUUGAAAUAUUUGCCAUUUUAGCAUCAAGCUUUGGUUUAUUAUUCUGCAUAUUUGCACCUAAAUGUUACAUCAUUCUUUUUAAGCCCGAACAAAAUACAAAGCAACACUUAAUGGGAAAAACACAAACUAAGUCCUGGUAA